AUGUUCCUAUUCUGCUUUCAGGAAAGUGAAGAUGGCAUCGAAGGAGACGCUGUGCUCUCGGAUUACGAAAGUGCAGAAGACUCCGAGUUGGAUGUUUGCUUGCAGGCCGAGGAGGGGGAGUACAGCGAGGAGGAAAGCGCCAAGGUGGAGCUGAAGCAGGAGAGCAGCAAUGCCACUGAAUCCACAGGAAAAGCAGAGAAAGGGGAAGAGAAACCUGCCCCCAAAGGUUCUGUGACGGGCGAGAGACAGAGCGGGGAUGGGCAGGAGAGCACUGAACCAAUUGAGAAUAAAGUGGGGAAAAAGGUCCCCAAGCACUUGGAUGACGACGAGGACCGGAAGAACCCUGCUUACAUACCCCGCAAAGGGCUCUUCUUUGAACAUGAUCUCCGCGGGCAGACCCAGGAGGAGGAAGUCAGGCCAAAGGGGCGCCAGCGAAAGCUCUGGAAGGAUGAGGGCCGCUGGGAGCAUGACAAAUUCCGGGAAGAUGAGCAAGCCCCCAAAAGCAGGCAGGAGCUGAUCGCCCUCUACGGCUAUGACAUCAGAUCGGCUCACAAUCCCGACGACAUCAAGCCCAGGAGGAUGCGCAAGCCCCGGUUUGGGAGCCCCCCGCAGCGCGAGGUGAACUGGGCCAACGAGAGGCAAGCCAAGCCGCCGAGACACGAGAGCUCAGACAGUGCUUCGCUGCCAACACGGACCUUCACCAGCCGCAACGCAGCAGGCACCGGGAGGAUGCCCCCAGCCAGGAACUUUCCAAGGAUGGGUGGCUACAAAGAGAACCGGCCAAGCUACCGAGCUGUGGAAGCAAACAGCCAGCACCUCUCUCGAGCAGGGGAGCAGGCUAAGCACGACAGCAGUACCCGGGCGAGGCGUGUGGAAGAAGCCCCCGAGAGGGACCCCUCUCCUGAAGCAGAGAUGGCCCCUGUCCACAGCAGCCCUGCCAAGAAGGAAGAGCUGGUUUUGGAAAGCCAGACCCCCAGCACGGACUCUGCCCAGCCGCCACCAGACAGACCCAUUGAAAAGAAAUCCUACUCCAGGGUGAGGAGAACUAGGGUUAAAGCCGGCGAUGCAGGGAAGCUGGCCGAUGAAGUGCCCCCUCCAGAAGGGUCGGCGCCCGUGCCUCCGAAACCGGUACAGGUCGCGAGCCCCCCUCCUCCUGCAAAGGCUGGGAGUUGGGAGUCGCCAGUGGAAGCCAGCCUGGAUGGAUUGGAGCAAGACAUGACUCAGCUGAAUCUAACCGAGCAGACCUGGACCCCGGGACAGCCUCCGUUCAUACAGCCUCGGGAGCUUCGAGGUAUUCCUAAUCAUAUGCACAUGGGAGCUGGACCACCACCCCCGUUUAACAGGAUGGAGGACAUGGGAGUACAGGCGGGCCGUGCCAAGCGUUACUCAUCCCAGCGCCAGCGGCCGCCAGUUCCGGAGCCUGCUCCCCCAAUGCACAUCAGCAUCAUGGAAGGGCACUAUUACGAUCCAUUACAAUUCCAAGGACCAAUCUACACCCACAGUGAGACUCCUGCCCCGUUACCCCCCCAGGGUAUGAUUGUGCAGCCGGAAAUGCACCUCCCACAUCCAGGUUUACAUCCACACCAGACGCCAGCACCUUUGGCUAACCCUGGCUUAUAUCCUCCACCGGUCUCCAUGCCGCCUGGGCAACCGCCCCCACAGCAGCUGCUCACGCCCACCUAUUUCUCCCCUCCUGGAGUCAUGAAUUUUGGCAGCCCCGGCUACCCCUACCCCCCUGGAGCACUUCCACCCCCACCCCCUCCCCAUCUCUAUUCCAAUACACAGGCCCAGUCCCAGGUGUACGGCGGGGUCACCUACUACAACACUGUCCAGCAGCAAGUGCAGCCGAAACCUUCUCCGCCCCGAAGAACAUCCCAGCCUGUGACUAUCAAGCCACCGCCCCCCGAGGUUGUAAGCAGGGCUCCAGUUAAUUUGAGUUUCUAAAUACUUUAAAUCUAAACCCACGUACAAAGACAGCACAAGUGAGAAG